AUGAAGUUGAGUGGGAAAGGACUGUGCACCGUCUUCUCCAGCACCCUCCUCUUCGUGUGCGCCCUGAGCGAAGUUGUCGUUGGAUUAAGAUGCGUCUCGCUGGGGUCUACGGUGAAGGCGCAGUUCCACCUCGGCGCCGCGGCCGGGGCUUUCUACUCCGGGCUACUUGUGGGGAUCGGGCAGGUCCUGCUGGGCUCCGCGCUGCUCUGUUGCAUGGAGAAGCCCGGUUGCAGGAAUUUCUUUCUCCUGGGGGUCGUGGUCUUCCUGCUGGGCGUCCUGACCGCCUUCUCCGGCGCGGUGGUGGACGGGGACACGGCUUCUCUGGUGGGGAGGAAAUAUUCCCACUACUGCGUCCACUCCGCGGCUGUCAACCCCGCCUGCGAGCAGCUGCGGGAGUACCAGCGGAGUCUGGUCAUCUCCACUGUGCUCAGCACCCUGGAGUGCCUCCUCGGGCUCGUCAACCUGGUGAUCAUCAAACGGUACAAGGCGGCGCGGUUUUCUAGGAGCAGGCAGUCUCCGAGGCAGGGCGCCGGGGCCAUCCUCUUCGGCGAGGAGCGGGACUGCUCCUCGGCGGAUUUCCAGCCGGUGUCUUACAUCAAUUUGGGGGUUUUUAACGUGUUCGACGAGGCGGGCGCAGAAGUGCAGUGCGGGGGGCACCCGUCGGUCGAGCUGCCGGGGUACGCGACCACGGACCCGGAGCUCAAUCAUUGCUUCCCUUUCUCCUUCCCGCUGCCCAGCGAACUGCCGCCCGCGUACGAGGACAUUUUCCCCGCCGAGGCAUGCAACACAUAG